AUGCCAGUACCUAACAAGCCAGCCGAAUAUGCCAAUCAAGCAUCGAUGCCCAUCAAUGUUCUUCUCACCAGGUCUAUAGGUUCGGGUUUAUUGCAAGUCUUACUCAACCGUGACGGGAUCGCACAUGUUUUCUGCUUGAAAUGUGGAGAAGAUGGUGGAAAAGCUAAGCAAUACAAGAUAUUUACAACUUCCAGAUUUGCUUCGACUAAGCCAGAAAUCGCGCAUCUAAAUCAAAAAGAGCACAAAUACAAGCCACUUAAUGAAAAUAUUAAUCUCAUUGUCCACGCUGCUUGGCUCGUGAAUUUCAAUCUAGUACUUUCGGCAUUUCAUUCACAAUUUGUAGAGAUUGUUCAUCUGUUAAGCCUAGCUGUCUCUACUAAUUAUACAAUACGCUUCGUACUCAUCUCUCCCAUUGCAGCAGUAGAAAAACAUACAGCAGGUCCUGUCCCGAGGGCAAUAAUAUCUAAUCUCAAAACCCCAAUGCCGUUUAGCUACGCAAGCGCCAAAUUCCUCUCCCGAUUACUCGUCGACGCCGCAGAUUAA